CUUUCUUUCAUUUCUCGUAUUCGCUCUCUUUCUCUCCUCUCCCUUCUCCUCUUCUCUUUCUUUCUUUUUUUUUUUCUUCUUUCGUUCAUUGGUCUCAUCCAUCAUGUCAUCCAAUCUCCGCAUCCUUGUUGCUUGCAAACGUGUUGUUGACUAUGCAGUCAAGAUCCGCGUCAACGCUGCAGGCACGGCUGUCGAGACUGCUAAUGUGAAGCAUUCAAUGAAUCCCUUUGAUGAGAUCGGCACUGAGCAGGCCAUUCAGAUCAAGGAGAAAUCUGGGGGUAAGGUUGAGGUCAUUGCUGUCUCCUGUGGAUCUGAUAAAUCUCAAGAGACCCUCAGGACAGCAUUGGCUAUGGGUGCUGACAGAGCCAUCUUUGUCGAAAGUGCUGAGGAAUUGCAACCUCUAGCUGUCGCCAAGUUGUUGAAGGCUGUCGUCGAGAAGGAGAAACCCGACAUGGUCAUUCUGGGCAAGCAGGCUAUCGAUGAUGAUUCUAAUCAAACUGGACAGAUGCUUGCUGGUCUCUUGAACUGGCCUCAGGCCACCUUUGCUUCCAAGGUUGAGCUCGCUGAAAAGGCUAUGACUGUCACACGUGAGGUUGAUGGAGGCGUUGAGACGAUCAAGACUCCUCUUCCUGCCAUUCUCACCACUGAUCUUCGACUUAAUGUUCCUAGAUACGCUUCGCUUCCCAAUAUCAUGAAGGCCAAGAAGAAACCUCUUACCAAGCUUACUAUUGCUGAUUUGGCCGUCGAUGUGAAGCCUCGUCUCGAGACUUUGAAGGUUACUGAGCCACCAAAGAGACAAGGCGGAAAGCUUGUUGAGAGCGUCGAUGAUUUGGUUGAUAAGCUUAAGAAUGAGGCCAAGGUUCUUUAAAAGAAAAUAAAAUAAGAUAAAAAAGAGGAAAAAAAUAAAAUAAAAUAAAAACAAAAACAAAAUAGAAAGAACCAAAAUAAACAAGUUAUUAAAAGAACCUUUUUAGCUUUGCACGCUCAUUC